AUGUAUUGGAUGGUGACCGACAUUCCAGGGACCACAGAUUCCACAUUUGGUAGGUUACAUAGAUUUGUUGAUAUACUAAAAAAAGAAAUAUUGUACUUCACAGGCAAAGAGCUGACAAGUUAUGAAAAACCAAAUCCUAAUAUAGGAAUCCACAGGUAUGUAUUUGUCCUUUUCAAGCAAGAAAAGGGGAAGAAGCACUCAAUUACUCCUCCUUUUUCAAGAGAUCACUUCAACACACGAACUUUCUCUGCUCAAAAUUACCUUGGUGUCCCUGUUGCUGCUGCUUUUUUCAAUGCUAGAAGGGCAACUGCUCAAAGGAGACGCUAG